GAAACAAAGGCACUGAAGGCAGCGCAGGGCAUGAGAUGGACGUACUCCCUCUCGCACAUGCCUCAAGGUGACGGCCAAGAGGUCAAACAAGGGCGCAACCAGGGCAACACACCAUCGCCCUACCACCUCCCUCCAAACGUUGCAAUUGUCUCGCUACAGGAGCUAGCACCCAAUGAGGUGACAGUCCGAUUUGCACAUCUGUACGAGGCCAAAGAGCAUCCCCAGCUGUCCAGCCUAGCCUCUGUUCAUCUCCCUUUGCUCUUCGCCUCACGAAAG